AUGAAGUUGGACACUAUUCACAUGCGUUAUCUCAAUGCGGACGACUGGCGAGUACUCCAGGCCGUCGAAAACGGGUCUCGAAGCCACGAGGUUGUGCCCACGAAGCUGAUCGGGCAGAUAGCGAACCUCAAGACAGGGAUGGGCUCUGCCAACCGGGCCAUCUCUGAUCUUGCGAAACUGAACCUCAUCUCAAAGCUGAGAAACGCCAAAUACGACGGGUAUCGCUUGACAUACAACGGAUUCGACUAUCUAGCUCUCAAGACCUUUGCGCAGAAAAAAACCUUGGUCGAGCUAGGGAGCACUAUAGGUGUUGGUAAGGAGUCGGAUAUCUAUGCUGGAAAGGACGGCCAGGGCAACGAAAGAGUGCUGAAGAUCCACCGAUUGGGAAGAGUUUCUUUCCGCACAGUGAAAAAUAAGCGAGAUUACCUCCGGAACAAGGAAGCUCAGAGCUGGAUGCAUCUGUCGAAGCUGGCAGCAGAAAAAGAGUACGAGUUUAUGACGAUAUUGUAUGAGAAUGGGUUUGAGAUUCCGCGGCCGCUGGACCAUUCGCGUCAUUGCGUUGUCAUGGAGCUGGUGGUGGGCUUUCCGAUGCGGCAGCUUCGCGAGCAUUUCCAAUACAAAAAGCUAUACUCGCAGCUGAUGCAGUUUAUGGUGAAAUUAGCCAACCAUGGUUUAAUUCACUGCGACUACAACGAGUACAACAUUAUGAUCAAAGAGGACGGCUCUUACGACCCGGCCACAGAGCCUGGGUUUCUCGUGAUCGACUUCCCGCAGUGUAUAUCCAUCAACCACGUGGACGCAGAGUUCUACUUCAAGCGGGACGUGGAGUGCAUCAGACGGUUUUUCAAGCGCAGAUUUGGGUACUCGCCAAAGGACGACUCGAUGAUGCUGGACACGGACGGCUACGGCGAUGGCUUCAGACACGCAUAUCCCGUUUUCAGCAGAGACGUGCAAAGACUAGGCGAUUUGGACAUGCAGGUGAAGGCGUCUGGCUACAGGAGCGAGAAGAAGACAGAGUUGGAAGACGCGCUGGGAAGCAUGAAACGGGACUACGACGGGACUGAGGAGGACGAGGAGGAGGAAGAGGAAGAAGAGGAGGAGUAUGGGUCGGAGCUUGAGUUUUCGGAGUCUGAGUCGGACACGGACUCUGUUAACGAAAAAAUCGUGCAGGCCCUGGUGGACGGAGAAGAACUGGAAACUGAUAAGUUUGGAAAUUACAUAUUGAAAAAGUAA